UUGAUACAUGGCGACUAAAAAUCGCAAAAUGUUUGUGACUCAGGUGAAACCUCCUUUGAUUGAACUCGACGUUGCGAUUGUCAUCAAAAUAGGUGCCUUAUUGCCGUUUGCUUCAAUUGUUUCUUGCGUGCUGACCUCAGUUUUGUUGCACUUCGAAGAGAGUACGAGAACACAUUGCCAUGUCGCAAACUACCUACCAUCCAUUAGUGCAGCUACUGGAGGUUUUACACCAGAAAAAUACAUUUGGAGAUUUGGCAUCGGAUACCACUCAAGCAUCCGAAUACUUUUUACUAUAGUGGAAUACCAAGUAUUGAGGAGUAGGUGCAUUGGAAAAACUACUGGGCUUUACAAAUGGUUUACUAUGAUCAAUGCAGUUUUGUGUUUUGUUGAGAAUCUUGCCCUUGUGACACUUACAUAUGUUUCAUCAAGUGAUAAUUACAGUAUUCAUGAGAAAAGCUUUAUUGUAUUCAUGGUGUUCAGCAUGCUUCACAUGUUAAUUACAUGCAUUCUUUAUUACAAGACAUGUCAGUCUCCUGCCUCGUAUGAUGAAACUAUUUCUCUUAGAAGGAAAGUCACAUCAAUGCUGGUUAAUUAUCUUUCAUUUGGUGCUGCAGUGUACGUCUUCUUUCGACAUAAUUCCUACUGUGAACCAGGRGUCUACAGCCUGUUCGCAUUGUUCGAAUAUGUUACUGUGUUUUCAAAUAUAAUAUUUCACUAUACGAUAACGCAUGACUUAAGAGGACAUAAAUUUACUCUGGGACCAUCAAUGGUUACAACAAACAAGCAACACUGAUAGCAGAAAACAUUGCACGACGUUUCCAACAGAGUUAGCUAGAAUUGUUCUGUUUCCAGCAAUGAGAUAUGAUGACAUAUC